UGACUUAACCCUCUUUUAUCCUCCUCUCCUUCUUCCUUCACCUUUCACGCCUCUCUCACUCUCCCUUUCAGAGUUUCUGUUUUCAGUUUUCACGCCUCCCCUCUCAAUCACAUUGCACAGGAAUAACUUCAUCUUAGUUUGUUCUGCUGUUCAUCCUAAGAGAUGGGGAAAGCGAAGAAAGGUCCCAAAUUUGCUGCCAUGAAAAAAAUGGUCACCAAAAAAUCCAUUAAAAAUUACAAACAACAGGUUUUGGACCCAAAAAAGAAUGAUAACAACGAAAAGAAGCUCCCAAGAAAUGUGCCGAAGGUUUCAUCUGCACUUUUCUUCAAUUACAACACCUCGUUGGGACCACCAUAUCGGGUUUUGGUAGAUACCAACUUCAUCAAUUUCUCUAUCCAGAAUAAACUGGACUUGGAGAAGGGAAUGAUGGACUGCCUAUAUGCAAAAUGCACUCCUUGUAUCACGCAAUGUGUGAUGGCAGAGCUUGAGAAGCUAGGUCAGAAAUAUCGAGUUGCUUUGAGGAUUGCUAAGGAUCCUCGUUUUGAAAGACUAAUUUGCACUCAUAAAGGGACCUAUGCUGAUGACUGUAUUGUUGACAGAGUUACAGAGCAUAAAUGCUACAUUGUUGCUACAUGUGAUCGAGAUUUGAAGCGAAGGAUCCGAAAGGUUCCUGGUGUACCAAUUAUGUAUAUUACUCGGCACAAGUACUCAAUUGAACGGUUGCCUGAAGCAACAGUCGGUGGAGCUCCAAGGUAUUGAUGAUGGAAGUAAGAUGUUCAACAAUGGGAAGGCUUAGAUUCUGUUAUGAUUAAUCAGGUUGAGUACUGAUCUUUGUUUGAACUUCCUUCUGUCCUGAGUGAAAGAAAAGGAGAAAGAAGUUUUGUGUAGGUUAUAUAAUUUUGGAUUCUCACUUGUUAAAUUGAAUUAGAGUUUUUACUUAUCAAAAAAAAAAAUUUUGAAUUAGAGUUUUGUCUUGUUUUAUCUUGACUUCUAUAAUUUAAGAACCUAUAUACGUAUCUCCUACUUGUCAACUACUGGAGUUUGUCCCAACAA